CUCCUCUUCGUAUGAGAGGCGCCACCCUGUAUAACCGUUGAUUGCAAAAACAUACCUAUAGAUUGCAAAGAAAAAGGUUAGUACAAAAAACACAAAAGUUUUUAGAUUCACUGCCUGUGCCACACUGUGUAUAACCUACUAAAAAGUAUUUUAAAAUGUGUCGUUAUUUACUAUUAUUAUUAUUUAUACUAAAAUAUUAUUAGUUAAAACUAGGGAUUUUCAGCGCGAUCCGGCAACGCCGCAGCCGGCUUUCGACUCCAGCAGGUUUCCGUUCAUUUUCCACAAAAACCCCGACACCGCUGAUCGUUCUACCGUUGCCAUGGUACGCGCCUCGCGUUGAUUUCCAACUCUCUGUACACAAAUCGAGCACACCGUGCUGGUGGUGGUGCAUUUCGCGAGCUCCGAGACGGUUCUUCGGUCGGUGCACGGUGGUUCCUCUUCCUCAGGGUACCUAGAACGUCGUGAAAAAUAUUUUCACAGGUACCUUCUCUUGUUUGCCGGAAUUAAAGGUCACAGACUCGAUCAGAUCUUCGCUCGGAGAGUACGAGAGAACGCGGUGGUACCGUUGUAUGACCGGGUUACAAGUACCUUCCAUCGGAAGAUCCGCACGGCGCGCGUAUGGGUUUUAAUGUUAAAACAAAGUGCUGAUAUGCGUGUGAUUUAAGUUAAGUGUCGGGUAGGUACUACCGGAAUAGGAGCAAUGUAAAUUAGAACUAGAGUGGUGUAGUACUGUAGUACCGGAUUUGACAUGGAGGAAGUGUCGUUUCAGGACUGGCCAGGACAGCCGGUGGACCUGAAUAACACGGGUACUAAUCCUUGGAUGCCAGCGUACGGUUUGCAGCCUCCCAUCAGUGCACUUCUGGAUAAGGAGGAUUUUGCGGGAAAUCCAGAUGCCGAGUACUUCUUUCACGGUACCUCUGGACAGUUUAUGUACCUGGAAACCAUCCAGGAAGAAACAUCGGACGAUCUAAGAUCAGAUAGCGGAUCCAGGACAUCUCCCGUGGGAUGGCUGGCCACUGAUUCCGAAUCAGGAAGCGUCAUUUGUAUACAAGAUGAUGCGGACUGUGAUUCGGAUCGCGAGCUUGCAUGUCCUCCGAAACGAAGAAAACAAGACCUAUUUCUGUCUUUUGCGUGUGAGGAGUACGAAGAACCGACGUCCUUGAGUCGAUCGAGCAGUUUGCUGCAAUUCGAGACUUUGGAAAAGCAGUUCCAGCAAGAAAGCCAGUCGCCGAGUAUUUUCUCGCAAUUCUCCUUUGAUUCGCUCGAGUUGGGGAAGAAGCAGUACUGCCUGGAGGACUCCAGUCCUGAGUACGAGGGAGAUUUCUUCAAAAAUGUAGUGAACUCCAAGCAGAGUUCGAGCAGAGACUCCUUGCUCUACAACGCAUCCACCAGGUAUAGCGGCAGUGAAUCUAGUGAUUCUGACACUAUUUUUGAUACUUCCAGGUCCUGCGACAAUCUGAAAACUUGGAGAAGUUUUGACAGCUUGCCACUGACCAACGGUCAUUGCUCAGCGGGAAAACGAUUUUCCAGCGAGAACCUGAGCGAAGACAGCGGAUACGGCGACCAAAUGCUCUACGGGAAAGCGGGAAAUUUGAGUAACAGUGCGGGAAAUUUAGCGGAUAAGAGGAAAAACAUGACAGGGAGGAUCGGAGAUAUGGUUAAGUCUAGAGGGAAGAAGAACAGCUACGUUGGGUUCAAUGCUUACGAUUGUGAUGUUUUUCAGAAUUUUCAUGGAAACUUCGGCGUCUCCUACCAAGAUCUCUCCAUCUUCGAGCGCUACGACCCUUUCAGCGAACCCCUCAGCAAAUCGUCACCCCUAACCGACGUUUUCCUUCGCCGAAAACAAGCCCGUCAGCUCCUCAACGCGGAUUUCACUCUCAGCGAUCACCGCCCCGUCACCAAUUCCAGUAAAGUAAAUUUAGACGUCGUCUCUGCCGUCUCGCCAUGUUCUAAUUAUAACAUCGACACCGUAAUUCACGCCUCGAGCGCCCCCAACCUCUGCCAAAACGAACUCACCAAACUCGAACCAGUAGUCGACAUAUUCAGCCUGCCUAAAGACCUCAACUUCCUGGGCAGCAUCAGUAGGAGACGUCUCAGCACAAAAUCUGUAGCCGAGAACAACUGGAACUUGGCGGAUAUCUGGGAGAAGGAUGUCAAAGAUAGUGAAUUUAGUAGUGAUAGAAUUAAAGUGAGUGAAGACAGUAACGUUCCGGAAGAAGAAAUGGCGAACUACAGGCGCGAAGGGUCGUACUCGGAAGCUAUGCGUAACCGCGUCGACCUGAGCGACGAUGAGAACUCUUUAGUUUUCAAAAAGAAGCUCCCCAAAUCACCCAUAGUCGAUUUUGACAGAAGAGUCCUCAAAGCCAUCUCAGAACAGUCCCUUCAAAGCCUGAUGGGAAGCACCAUAAGCUUGCGAGGUUCUCAGGCUAGACUGGACAACGAGGAAUAUGCCCCUGCUACCAAAUUAGGAAACUACAACGUGGCAAAGAGUACGCCUGACUUAAACCGGUUUGAACCAGCUCGUAAACGGGACAAAACCGCAUUGUUUGAGGACAGGGAACGAGGAAGAAGCAACCUGGAUAUCCGAACCACAUCCAGACUGGAAGAAGAACGUAACAAAAACAUUCUUCUCGAUACGAGCAAUGACGAGACCGAGGUUGUCAUGAGAAGAAAGGGUUCCAUCAUCAAAAGCAGCACGAGUACUUCGGGAAUGAGCGACAUAGAUGACAAGACAUUGAGGAACUCCGUAAAGAGUUUUACGGGAAGUACCGGAAGUAAAGGUGUGACGUUUGCUCCAGUAGUAGCCGAAGUGAACUGGGGAGACGAUGCCAGCGUCUCCACAGCCACCCCAGACCGUGAAUCUUCUUACUCUCUGGACUCGUCAUCGCCAGAACCUGUACGAAGUCCACCCCCUCAAAAACUGGUCAAACCAAGGGCGAGGUACCCCAGACCGCAGUCGAGAAGAAGCGUGUCCCAGCCCGAUCUCAGCGAUACAGAUGGUGUGAUGUACAAGAGAGAAUUCAUUGAUCAUCUGAACAAGUUUAGGGACGAUGAUGUGGAGAUGAGCAAGAGUCAGCCUGAUAUGUCCAAGCUCAAGCGCAGAGGUUCCCAAAUGGUUAAGAAAGAUAAGGACGGUUGUACCAUCAAGGCUUACGUUGAUGCGGAUGGUAUUCAGUACAAGCACACCCAGUUGGAUUUGAAAACUCUCAGUCAAAAUAGCUUGAACGACGACAACAGCACUACUGACAACACCGCCAAACUGCUGAACUCGAGCGGCGCGGCGGACAGCAAAAAUAGCCUGCUGCAAUCGUCGUCCGGCUCCGGCAAACACCCCUACCACCACCACUACUACGGCCACGAACCGCGGCCCGCCGCCACCGCUCAACAUCAACAACAAACGAACGUGGAACGCCAGAGACAGUCGAACGUCGCGAAACAGCCGAACGUCGUCGGAAGGAUGGACGGCGAGGGCGACGCGAUGCCGCGGUCGUCGACGCGCGACGCGAAAUCCUCGACGAAGAACAACAGGUCGGGUUUGGGGGGAUUCCUGCAGCGGUUGGCCAGCUUCAGGCUGGGGGUGAAAAAGGGACAGGAGAAGGUGAAGAGGAAGGCGCAGACGCAAGGAACCACCGCCGUUCACUCGCGUCCAAUAACCAACCAGAACACCACCAAACCCGAAUACAUCUACAUCCCUUUAAAGGGUCCCGAAAACAACAACGUCCCUACCAACCAGGCUCCCCUGAUGGCCAAGCCGCCCCUGCCCAAACAACCCCCGCCGCGCGUCGUUCACGCCAGCGUCAAGAAACACCCCUCUCAGGGUGCGCAGGCGCCGGAUUAUGGCGCCACCGGCGACGACCGACGCCGGCGACGCACUAUCGAUUCGGGCAGCGUCGCGACGUCGGGCGGCGAUUUGGGGCGCCGGACGCGGGGGAAUGCUUCCAUGGAAGGACCGAUGGGGCUCAUCGAGACGGAUCUGGACACCGAAGUUACGGUUAUCACUAGUGGGGCUAAUGCCAAAGCCCGCAGUCUACUAGAUUUGGGACAGGAGCCUCGCUUGCAAGUGCCCCAAAAAGCCGAGGGGCAACAGGGGCACUCCGGAAGACCUCACAAGUCUAUGGAGUUCCUGCUGGAUAAACAAAACCUUAAAGUUGUAGAGCCUCCCGAAAAUGAGCUGCAAAAAACCGAACGCGUCAUGUCCGAGCACGAACUGAGAGUGCAGCGCAGCCUGCAAAAGCUCACCAUCCCCGACUGGUACAAGCACUCCCAAGUCCCCGGUCAAGGCUUCCUCCUCAACAAGAAGAACGCCUCGCGCGACACCCGAUGGACUGGCACCGGCACCGGCUCCAAGACCACCAGCCUCAGUUCUCUGGGUUCCGGUACUCAGAGUCCGAUCGUACUCAGUCCCACGCCAUGCAACCAGCCCUUCGUGCGAUGGAGCACUUCCAAGCUGAACAGUACCGCGUCAAGUCCCUGCCAGAGUACCAGAAGUAGCUUCAAUCAAGGCCGACAGCCAGUGAAUGGGUCAAUAAGUCCCAGUUCUGCGAGGUCUAGCUUCAGUUACAGGCAGCCUUACAUGGGCUGGAGGUCUCAGGAACGACUGAACCGGCCUAGGACACCUGCCGAACGUCUGGCGUGUUCACUCCUUGCUCAGCAAGUUCAUAACUCGACGCAGGAGAAUCCAGAAAUCCAGACCUCGAUCAAGGAAGUUACGUCGGCGAUAGUACACUAUGUGAGCGGUAUGAAACCUCCGGGACCCGAUCACAUGGACAACCAUAGCCAGAGGUCUAGUUCUGUGUCGCCGAGGGGUAGUAGUCAAAAACUGUGCUGGUUGGAGAGUUCGUUCGUGGGGACGAAGCCGCUGGACAGUCCGGAGACUCCGGUGACGUGUUCGGAGAGUCCGGUACCGCCUCCGGGGCUGAGGCUGGACCUGCAGAACUACAGUAGUAACGAUUUGGCAACGCUGUCCGGCGGGGACACGAAAGUGCGGCCCUCGCCCAGUUCGACAACGCUGGAAGACGUUUUGGACUCGUUGCUAGGUCUGCCUUCCUCAGGGCGAGCUCCAAGUCCUUGCCUUCAAGAGACGGUAUCAGCUAGCACUAGCCCCCAGCGUCGACUGAGCAUCAGCGACGACGCUACCAACGGCGCCUACAGACGCCGGUCGGAGGGGUCCGAACCGGCGGCCUCAGCGGUGGCGGCCGCCGGCUCCGCGCUACCCUCUUCAGCGCCCUCUUUGCUGCGGUGCAGGUACUCGCGCUGCGGCAAGACGGCGCUGGCCGCGUCCAAGGAGGCCGAGCAGUUCAAGAGCUGUCACAACUGUUCGUACACGUACUGCUCGAGGGCGUGCAGGAGGAGUCACUGGGAACGGCACAGGAAGACGUGUUUGUUUUCGAGGAUGGGCACGUUGUGUCGGCAGGUCAUAGCAUCAACCAAAGAGAAGAAAGACGUACUGAAAGAGCUUUCGGUAGUCGCUAAGAGAGGCUAUAUUUCCCACGGCCUAGGCGCGGUCAAGUGCUUCUACCCCAACCCCGAGGCGGCGGAGCGGUUCCUAGGCGAGGGCCUGCCCAGCCUCGGCGAGCUCACCUUCGUGCGCUGGCAGGACCUGCUGCCCAGCGAGAUGGGACCCAUGCUCUACGAAGAAUUGGUCACCAUGUGCAAGAACUACAACCCCGAGACCAAGUUCGUGCUGUACGUGUCCAUCUGCGUGGUGUCGGAAACUCCCGCCAGCGGAGCGGUCAAGUGGGAGAGGCAGUUGGUUUCGAGGUGUGCCAAGAUAAAGCUCAGCAAGGAUCUCAAUUUUGCCGGACCAGAUCGGGAAAUCCCCGACACCCCGGAAACCCUCAUCCUCACCUGCAAUCCGAUCCGCCUGCCCACCAAGGAGACCACGAUGCGCGCGCGUCUCAUCGCCUUCGACAACCUCCAGACGCAGCUCAGGUCGAGGGGCGUGUCCCUCAAACGUCAGUACCCCGACAUCUACCGGCGGCUGGACGCCUACUGCGAGGACCUGGCGCUCAAGGUGGAGGCGCAAACGAUCUACCCGAGGCAGCCCGGUACGAAUAAGAGUUUCAUGUGCAUCAUCAUGCUGGAGAGUGACUCGGAGACGUUACGUCACGUGGAGAAGGCCGGCGUCAAAGUGAAGACUAUCGACGUGUUGUUAUGUAGCGAGACGACGGCGUUGUAAUCGAUGCGAUUUUCGUACACGAAAAAAAAAA